AUGCCCGAUCAGAUUCACGGAUUUUAUUAUAUGCGAGAUCGUCGAAGCUCUUUCCUAAGCGAUCUCCUUAAGAGAGUUCACGAGGAAAGACCCAUCGAGACAUUGUUGGCAAUUAAAAGGCAAACGGAUAACGAUUGCAUCUUAAAUGAUUUCAAUCCAUGCGAAAUCCCCACUGUACUCCUCGACGCCUCGACCCAGAUGAACUUCAUAGAGCUCUACAACAGCGAGGCACUUGCUCUGCUUUGUAUGUCCGAUGUCGCAGACUCCUGGCUGCUAUCAACACUGGCCAAGAAUUUGAAUGGAAUGCGAGAGUCUCGUAUUGCAGUCUUAUUACACAGCUUGGAUGUAAGGAAUCUAGAGAAGAUACUUCGCUUGAUUGGCAAGCAAGCAGAUAGUAAUGUCUUCGUCAAUCUAAUCGUACUGCACUCAACUUUAUCUGAAAAGAAUGUUACGUCGACUGUUUAUCGCAUGCAGCCAUUUCCGUAUCCCAGCUUUGUCAGGAUUACAAAGUUAAGCGAUGAACAUAUAUUUCCCACGGUCUGGACCGAUUUCCAUAGGAAAUCGGCUAUUAUAUCACCCGACCUGUUUCCACCGCGCAGUCUCUUGUCUAGAGACCGGCGCACUGGAGAGUUGAAAUUGUUUGGUUCCACGGAUGUGAUGCUGAAAGAGUUUGCCCAUAAGUACAACAUAAAUUUACUGUUAGCUCGGCCUUUGAAACAAUUGGCUGAAAUUGAAAAACUCGAAACCUAUACAAUGUUACAUGAUAAAGUCGAUAUGCCCAGACGACCCACUAUAUUAACUUUAGAAGAAAUAGCCGAUUAUGAAUUGUCUCCUGAUUCGCGAUUUACAGAAUUCUUUCUUUUAGUUCCCUGUAGCCAGGAGAUAAGCAUAGGUGAUGUAUACUCGGGGCUAAGAACCUAUUCCAUAAUUCUUUUAAGCACAUAUUUUAUGUUCACAAUAGUUGAAACAUUUGUCGUAUUAGCUACAAAUUGGAUUUACGAACGCAGAGCCAAUGCUCCAGAAUGGAACUUCGUCUUUAACCUGCGGGCAUUUGCUGGAGUCUUGGGUCUUCCAAUGUACCUGAGGAAAUAUCGAACGGGCGUUUCGCUGCAGCAACUGGUCAUGUUUCUGUGCAUCUUUAGCUUGGUUUUCAACUGCUUUUUCAAUUCCAACUUCAGCACGCUGCUGAUAAAGCAUCCACACAACACACAAAUCCAGAACUUUGAGCAACUGCGAGACAGCGGCUUGGAUGUAAUUUUAGAAAUGACCUUUAAGCCUCUAUUCGAAAAGUCUGCUGAGAAUGUGGGACUCUAUAAAAUAGUGCCCAAUGCCAAGUUCGUGACAAUGAAGAGAUAUUACGAUCUAUUGCUGACUUUCAACUCCAGCUAUGCACUGCAAACGUACAACUAUAUAUGGGAGUUCUUGGACAGCUAUCAAAAGGCUCAUAGCCGUAAAGUACUUUGUAGCGCCAAUGCCAUGAAUCUGACUGGCAGUCUAUUAUUUGGCUACAAGUUAAAGAAAAACUUUGUGUUUCGCGAGGCGAUUCGCGAUUUUUUAUCUAGAGCAUUCAGCUACGGGCUGGACCAGCACUGGGACGUUAAGGCUGGCCGCAAAAUGAUAGAGAUGCUGGUGCCCGUUUUGGAUCAAAGGCUGCCAGCAAGCGAUCCGGAACCCUCAGCUCUAAGCUUUGAGGACUUGGAAUGGUUAUGGAAAUUGCUGGGGGUGUGCUACGGCCUGGCGAGCUUGGUACUCAUUGGAGAGGUCUGUGUGGCAAGAUGGCAGGCAAAAAAAGCUAGAAAGGUGUAUGUUAUGGAGGUUUAA